AUGUCAUACGAGCAUGAGCCAGCCAGUUCCAUAUGUGAAUCACUCACCAACUACAACCUCGCUGUAGCUCCCGCAAGCUUCGCUGCCUUCCCUGCUAGCUCCGCCCGUCCAGUUGUCUGUCCGCUGCUACCCAAAUCCCCCUCUCUCCCCCUCUGCCGCUGUGGCGUCACUGCUAUUUGUGUGGCCGCUAUUCCCUGCCUAGCUGUAGUUCGCUGUGUCCUUGACAUCUGUACCGAAUCCCAUAGCCUUGUCCAAAUCCUGCAUGGUCAUUCUGCAGGGGGCAGCGUGCAGACAGUCUUGACCACUUUCGUUGCUACGUCGUCCUGUCGUACCUUGCCUGCCUGUCCACCGGAGCUUCCCUGCGGUAUAUAUCAUCAAACACCCAUCGCUGGCCUCCAAAACUACACCCUACCCAACCUCGUCACCGGUUUCGACCCAAUUACCCUCGCUUCACCAACCGUUCGCUAG